UGAGCUCAUUCACCCCCAGAGCUCGAGGAGAGAGUGCAGCUCCGUCAUCGUCUUUUCAGAGAGCGAGAGAGAGAGAGAGAGAGAGAGAGAGAGAGGAGGGCGGGAGGGAGAGGGAGGAGUGUAAGCCAGUGACUGAGCGAAUGAGCGACGCUGAGAGUGGAGCAGCACAACAAUAGUGGGCUGCUCUUCUGGCUGUGGACUCACAGAGACAGAGCGAGCGCUGAGAGACACACACUGACGCUCUGUAAACCAGCUGCAGGCAGAUUACAGCUGGCGUUUACAUACAGCCGUUAAAGACUACUCACUUUUGUUUUCCCUCUCGCUCGCCCUGCGGACACCAUUCUUCUGCGGACACCACAGAAUUACCAAAUAUUGACGCAGGAGCAUUUUGCCGUUGCAUGGGAUUUUUGGCCAUAUGCUGACUUGAGGAACAUGUCUCCGGACAUUUUGGACUAGUUUUUGUUGUACUUGGUCCAUUCUGUUUUUGGUGAAUCGUCUGGACACAGGGACAAUUAAACUUGACCAGAGUGGAGUUUUGUGGACUUUGUGGAUUUUUCUUUUUUUUUAGACUCAAGGGCUCACCUCAGGCUCCCCUCAGUGGAGCGCACAUCUGCUUGUCUCUUCUGACUUCUGAUCUUUUUGACUGGAGUCGCUCCAUCUCUGAAGGCAGGAGCGUCAGAACAUUUCCAGCAUCGUUGUCAGACAGAGUGCGUUCUGGGGGAUGCCUCUGGAUGUGGUGAUCGCCCCAGCGGAGGACUGUUUUUGGCCGGACCUGCAGGACACAGACAUGAGGCUGAAGAUCAGGGUCCGCCGUAUGAAGGAGGGGAGAGAGCUCCGAGGAGGAUUUGCAGCUUUCUCCUCCUGUUUCCCCGGCCUGUGCGAGGGGAAGCCUGCUACUGCUCUUCCUAUGAGCUUGUCCCAGCCCUGUUUGCCCGUGGCGAAUGUAGGGCCCACUCGCAUCCUGCCGCACCUCUACCUGGGAUCACAGAAAGACGUCCUCAACAAGGACCUGAUGGCGCAGAAUGGUAUCACGUAUGUGCUGAAUGCCAGCAACACCUGCCCCAAGCCAGACUUCAUCAGCGAGAGCCAUUUCAUGCGCAUCCCAGUAAAUGACAACUACUGCGAGAAGCUGCUCCCUUGGCUGGACAAAACCAACGAAUUCAUAGACAAAGCUAAGGUGUCAAACUGCAGAGUCAUUGUGCACUGCCUGGCUGGAAUCUCGCGUUCAGCAACCAUCGCCAUUGCAUACAUCAUGAAGACAAUGGGCUUGUCAUCAGAUGAUGCCUACAGGUUUGUUAAGGACAGAAGACCAUCCAUAUCCCCCAACUUUAACUUCCUGGGUCAGCUGCUGGAGUUCGAGAAAGGCCUGCGGCUACUGCAGGCUUUGACUUCUAAUGAAGAGCUGUCUGAAAACAACACCAAGCAAAGCUCGGAGCUCAACGGGGUCAACGCCGGUUUAGAGAUGAACGGCCACCACAGCAACUAUGACUCAUCUGUGGCGGACGCGCACAUCCCACCAGAACCCAAGCUGCCGUCGCCCACCUCCCUCCAGCAGGGCUUCAACGGCCUGCACCUCUCUGCAGAGAGGAUCAUGGACACGAACCGCCUCAAACGCUCCUUCUCCCUGGACAUUAAGUCCGUCUACUCUCCCAACAGUCCCCACUGCCCCAGCAUGGCACCCACGCACUCUGAAGACGUCCCCAAACUGUGCAAGCUUGAUAGUCCGGGAACAGGCACCUCCAACGGGGUCUGCUCUCAGUCUCCCGUCCUAGACAGCCCCGGGUCCUCCGACUCGCCGUUCCCCUCACCGGGCAGCGGGGGCAGCAUAGGGGGCCUGGGGCUCGGGGGAAGUGAAGGAGUCCAUCGGUCUGGUUCUUCCUCAUCCAGACCACGGAGAAAAACCAAGCACAGCUGCAACAGUUCCCCAGUCCACUCCCAUACACACCAACCUCCUCAGUCCCUCAACUUGUCGAUGGACCACAAGAGCCCCGGCAUGGACGAAAACCUGAAGGGCUCCUUGCUCCUUUCGCUCCCCUCCCUACCCACUGUAGGGUCCGGCGCCAUGUGGACCAAACACAGAGACACUGUCCAGGCCACCACUCCAGUCACUCCAGUCACCCCAACCACAGAUGCUCCCUGGCACUUUGGGGUGGAGGAAGGUCGUGAGGGAGAGAUGGAGCUGGGAGGAGGAGACGGAGGGAGAGAGGAGUCGUCGGUGAGGUUCGGGAGCAGCUCGGCUUACGUCGCAUUCGGGUGCAGUGAGGGCGUGCGGUUACGAGAAAAAUCCCAGAGAGAGAAGCCCUCUGCACCUCAGACACAGAGAGACCGUCGGGACUCGACGUCGCCCCCGACGGGGAGCUCGAACAACAGCGGGACGGCAUCAGAAAAGCAGUUCAAGCGACGCAGCUGUCAGAUGGAGUUCGAGGAGGGCAUCUCCGAGACGAGGUCCCGAGAAGAACUGGGUAAGAUCGGGAAGCAGUCGAGCUUCUCCGGGAGCAUGGAGAUCAUCGAGGUGUCCUGACAAAUAAUGGACAUGAUCAACACUGUCCCAUGGGGACAAAAAUGGACCUGGUUAGAGGGAGUGCAAGAAGAGGACAUAUGAGGGGAAGCAGAAGAAGUUUGUCACGCUCUCCUCACAGACAGUGUUAAAGACUCCUGCUGAGAGAAGGACAAAGACGACCUGAGAGUUCACGUCAGGAGGCUAGCAAGCGAACUAGCAUUCGCACCUGGACAGACAGACCCUCGGUUGUGGUGCUUUGAAGAAGACGUGUGGGGCAGGGGGAGGCAAAGAGGGGGGACUGUAGGUACCGAAACUCUUUAUGUUAAUGAGCUCUGUCACGGAUAAAAAGAAAACAACCCAAGGCACAUGUCAUGUUGCAUCCUUAAUAUAUAGAAAUCCCUCAUUUCGACAGAGUUCAGAUGAAAACCGCUUGCCUGUGGUCAAAUGUAGUGUGCUUCAGUGGGUGUAUAGCUUGUGAUUUGAACCGAGCCCUGUGUUUUUCUCCCAAAGCUUCACCCUCAGUGUCAGAAAAGCCUGAGAACCUCGCACGGCUACACCUGCCCCCCACCCCCCAACUCCCACGAUCCUGUUUCCCAGCAGCUCCGCCUGCUACAGACUCUGAACAUCAACAGCAGUAAUGGAGUCCUUUAUCGGCACCGUCUCCUCGCAUCACUACAGCACAACGCAGAGAGAUCCCAAGGACUUCACGAAUCGGCGGUACUGCAUCCAAACAAUGAAGGACCCUCAUCUUUUUUUGUUGAUGACUUUAAGUUGAAGACUCUCAGCGAUGGGCAGUGUUCCCCCGUAAAGCACAGUGUGUCUUUCCUGACUUUGGCGCCCUUGUUUCCAGUGUUAAUGGGACUGAGGUCUUGGGAUGCUGACGAGGGUCUGCUCCAUUCACCCCUCAGCUCCCCUCUGGACCUCCACGAAGCCCCCCCCCCCCCCCCCCACUGCUCCCAGUCACCUCCUAAGGUCACCACUGAGCAUGCACCUGAAAGGCUGACUGCAGACAGACGAAUACUAUAUAUACAAUAUGAAUAUAUAUAGCAAUUUUAAUGGACUUCUGUUCAGUUAUAGUUUUAAUUUAUUGUAUUUGUUCAUUCUGGUAAUGAGAAAUAAUAUAAUGUUUUGUGGAUUUAUUUCUUUUUUUUUCCCCUUUUGUUGAAUUAUUAUUAUUAUUAUUUGCUGUAUGGUAUUUAUGAACACACACUCAUACAAAUACACACAUUCGACAAAUUCAAGCAAGCAAUAUGUGCUGUUCCUUCUUGGGGGAGAGUGAUGUAUGACUUUGAAAUGCACUUUUCUGCUUUCUGGUAACAAAGUACAAAUAUCAUUCACACGACACUAAAAGGUUAGUCUUGCCUCAGUUUAGAGGAUCAUGGGAGAUCUUUGGGACAGGAUCUCGGUUUGGCUCGACCACAGUGUGAGUUCAAGGAUUUACCACAACUGAGGGCUCAAGCGGCGACUGUUUAGUGUUUGACUGUGCGCAGAGGAAGCCGGAGUGGCCACACACUCUGAUCACUCAUAUACAGUGAAGCAUUUUCUGCCUGUUCCACGAGGGCUCCUGUAACAACAGCUAUAUGCAAACAGACACACUCUUUCGGUCAGCAUCACAGCGCGUCCCACCAAAGCUGAAACCCAUACACACACACACACACACACACACACACUCAUACAGUAUGCACUUACUUCCAUCCACACAGGCCCGACACACACCCUUUUGUUCAUUCUCAGGGGAUCUUUCAGUGAGCCAAGCCCACCACAGGGUACACAGCUGCUGGUACAUCAGCACAAUGCAUGUCCAUAAAGCUUCUGCGCUUUCGUUUUUUUUUUCUUUUCUUUUCUUCUUAUUUUCCAAAGCUUUGAUUAAAAACAGCAUAACAAAAUGGAAAGAAUUAAAAAAAAAAAAGAGGAUUCACAUAAUGAGGUGAAAAAGAAAUGAAAACUUUGCUCUCCUGGUGCGAGAUGGUUAUUUAUUUAUGAUGUAAAAUGUGUUCAUCUUUUCCUUUGACCCCGGAUUAGCUUUACUCUCUGCCGAUCUCUGACAUUGACCUUAUGCUGCUGCAGCUCCAGUAAGUUCAGAUAGACCCCCACAUUGCCCCCGGAGGCUAAAGAGACCUCCUCCCUCCUCGAUAUCCCCCCAUAUAUUUUUAAGAAAUGUUGUUAGAAUUAUUUAUAACAUGUAACAGGAAUGAUGCAGGCUGUCCCAUUUGCUAAAACUGUUGUCAUUGAAUUAUUAUUAUUAUUAUUAUUAUUAUUAUUAUUAUUAUUAUUAUGUGUAAAUAGCAACGCAUCUAAGAACACUGAUGACUUUAGAUGAUGAGUUUUUAAAAGAAAAUCCUGAUACCUUAGGCUGCUUGAUGCAAAAAUACCUCAGGUUCUAUUGAAAGGCUUUUCCUUCCCCUGUACAUGUUUUGUGAAAAUGAGACAAAAAUACAGACAUGACAAAAU